CCUCUCACCUCCCGCUCAUAAGCGCGUUGUAAGUUGGCUUAUGGUGAAACGUGAAGCUUGCGGCGGAAUUUGAGGGUAACCAAGCCUCUGAGGGGAACCUGGUUUCUUAUCUGAGGGUCAAGAGAGGAGCUUGUGCUUUGACGUUCACUCUCAAAACCUGCCUUUUCUCACUGCUGCCAGUAUGGCCACAGCUGUGGAGGACACCAGUGUUUUGGAGGAGGAGUUGACCUGCCCUGUCUGUCUGGACCUGUACCGUGACCCUCGGCUCCUGCCGUGCGGCCACAACUUCUGCCUGCCAUGCCUGCGGAAGCUGAAGGGGCGCUCAGAGCGAGGGCGCCUGCGCUGUCCAGAGUGCCGGCAGAGCCACAGGUGCACGGUGCCUUGGCAGAAGAACUUCAAGCUCGCCAAUAUUGCAGAUGGUUUCCGGCGCCGCAGUCAGGCCGAACGUCCUGUAUCUGGCAGGCAGAGCCCCACCUGCAGGACUGAGGGGGUGCGCUGUGAUUACUGCCCCAUAGCGCCUAUGGAUAUGAGUAAAGGGUCUACAGCAGUGAAGACAUGCCUGAAGUGCGAGGUAUCUAUGUGUCCAGAGCAUGUGCAGCCCCACCUGGAGCUCCCAGCUUUUCGGGAGCACCCGCUGGUGGAGCCAUUAGGUGACCUGAGAAAGAGGAAGUGUGCAGAGCAUGACGAGAUGUUUCGCUAUUAUUGCGUGGACGAAUGCACGUUUCUGUGUAACGCGUGCACCAUCGAGGGAGGCCACAGUGGACACAGCAUCAAAACACUCAAGAACACCAUGAAGGACAUGAGGGCCUCUCUGGACAUGGAUCUGCAGAAGGCAGACCGGAAGAUCAGAAAAGUUGAGAGAAACGUGCAGGACCAAACUGAGGUGGAGCAUCAGAACAAGGCCUUCAUGGAAGAGGCUGAGCAGCGGGUGGAGGCCUUAAGAGGCACCCUGAGCACCCGGCUGGAAGGUUUUCUGUCAUCACUAUGCGAGAGUUUGCACAUGCAUGAGGCAGAGAACAGCCUCAGCGUCCAGCAGAACCUAACUUGUAUCGCUGAGGACCGCAGCCGCCUAGCAGACGUCCACACGGGCAUCGAGCGGCUGCUGCAGGAGCAUGACCCCUUCCAGUUCAUCAAGGAGUACAGUUCAUGUGCCAAAAGAUACCGCCGUCUUCUGAGAAGGCCUCUGUUUCUGGCGCACAGCAUGCCGAUUGAUAUGGACUCUCUGGGGGCGAUUAUGGAAGGCAGAAUGGAGGAGUUUAUGACCGACAUGCGGCAACAGAUCAUCUCACUCAUUGACACUCUGUGUGCUGGUGACGACAGAGACGAGGGAGUGGAAGAAGACGAAAGCGAAGAGAGCGAUGAAAACGAGGAUGAUGGCAGUGAGGAGGACGGGGAGGAAGAGGAGGAGAUGAGGAGUGAGGAAGAGCAGGACCACAGCGAGUAUACUGAUGAAGACUACACCCCUGAGGAGGAGGAGGAGGAGGAGGAGGAUCAAUAAUACGAGUGUCCUGCACGCCUAAGCACUUUUCUGCACUGUUGUAUUUAAGAACGGCUGCUGAACGUCACGCAGCUGAACCUCUACUUUGUUCUUCAAUACGCUUGUUUACCAAAAGACUCUGUAUAUAAAAUUCACUAUUAAAUCACAGCACUUUGUAAAGGCAUAUUUAAGCAUGUACUUCCCAGUCUGGCCAAUAGGGAAGCCUGUAGGGAACUCUCUAGUAACUUCAAUCUGGCAUUGCUGUUUGGAGUUUGUGUGUGUUCGUAUAUGUAUGAAGACAAAUAUGCACAAACUUGAAGAUUUAAAAAAAAAAAUUGUAUUUUUGAUAUUGUGCUGCAAUUAACAAUAGUUUAGUGCAGAACUGCUUUAAGGGAUUAUCUUCUUCACUAUUGGCACUGCAGUUUAGUCCCAGACUAGGCUUAAUCUGUGCCCAUUGGGGAAAUAUACAUCAGUGCUGUGCUGUCCAACUCAACAGCCCACUUUUUGUUAACGGUGCUACUGAAAAAUAGCUUUUCUGACCAAAGCAAUGAAUGUAACUUGUUUAAUGUUUACGUGCACCAAACAUGAGCUACACUGUUUUGAACUGAAUUUCUCAGUCAGGUCAUCAUAUAUUCUUUUUAGUCUGAAACUGGACUUAAUUUUGUGAAUAUAUAUGAGCAGAAGUGUUACAUAUCAGACUGCUUAGUAUCUCAGGGUAGCAAAGACAUAUUUACAUCAAAAAUAUUUUGCACUGGAUGUUUUUUACCAGUUAGACUUUUAAUGACCGAAUGUUAAAUACUUUUUAUAGGGGGGUGAAAUAAAAGUGCUCUCAUCAGGGAGUAAUCUGUGUUCUUUA